AUGCUCUACUUCCAGCUGGUGAUCCUGGCGGGAACGGUGAUGCUGGCGUAUUACUUUGAGUACACGGACACGUUCAGCGUCCACGUGCAGGGAUUCUUCUGCCACGAUAAAGCCCACAUGAAGCCGUACCCGGGACCGGAGGAGGAGGGCUCCGUGCCCCCCGCACUGCUCUAUACGCUCGUGUCCGGAGUGCCAGCGCUCCUGAUCACAGUGACGGAGUCGGUCCUGUUCAUGCUGCAAUACCUCUCUGAGGAUCUGGACAACCGAGAGAAGAUCAUGGUGAUGGGCGACUGCUGUUACCUCAACCCACUGGUGCGCAGGACGUUUCGCUUCCUCGGCGUUUAUGCGUUCGGCCUUUUCGCCACCGAUAUCUUUGCGAAUGCAGGUCAGGUGGUGACGGGUAACCUGUCGCCGUACUUCCUGUCGGUGUGUAAACCCAACUACACCGCGCUGGGGUGCCAACAGCAUGCCCGCUUCAUCCACCAGCGGGACGCCUGCACGGGCGACGCAGAGGACGUCCUGAGGGCCCGCAGGUCCUUCCCGUCUAAAGAAGCCGCUCUCGGUGUGUACGCCGCACUUUACACUGCGAUGUACGUCACAUGCUUGGUGAAAUCUAAAGGUACACAUCUGGCCAAACCACUCUUCUCUCUGGGUCUGAUGUGUCUGGCUGUGCUGGCGGGAAUAAACCGGGUGGUGGAGUACCGGAACCACUGGAGCGACGUCAUCACCGGGUUCCUCAUCGGAGGAGCCACCGCCGUCUUCCUGGUGGUGUGUGUGGUCAAGAACUUCAAAGGAAAAUCUCUGCUGAGCGAGACGCCGCCUGAGGAGAACGUUUCCAGCACCCCGACGCUCAGGGAGGCCCGGAUAGAGCACAACAUAGAGAAGUACAUCGCCUCGCAGAGUCCUAUUUUGUAUGCCGAGGUCACAUGAUGCAGGAGAAGCGUGAACAUCCCUAAAGCGAAGGACC